AUGUCGUCCAGGCCAGCCCGGGUGCCAUCGACCUCAAGAUUCCUGAACCCCUAUGUAGUGUUUUUUGGUGUUGUUGCAGGGGUGUUAAUCCUGGCAGUGACGAUAGCUCUACUGAUCCACUUUUUAGCUUUUGAUAAAAAAUCUUACUUUUACUCUAGCAGCUUUCAAAUCCCAAAUGUUCAAUAUAGUGAUCACUUAAACUCACCCGCUACACAGGAGUAUAGAACUUUGAGUGGAAGAAUUGAAUCUGUGAUUACUACAACAUUCAAAGAAUCAAAUUUAAGAAAUCAGUUCAUCAGAGCUCAUGUUGUCAAACUGAGGCCAAACAGCAGUGGUGUGAUGGCAGAAAUUGUUAUGAAAUUUAAAUUCUCUAGAAAUAACAAUGCAGCAUCAAUGAAAAGCAGAAUUGAGUCUGUUUUACUUCAAAUACCGAAUAAGUUUGAAAACUUGGAAAUAAACCCUUCGACUGAGAUAACAUCUCUUACUGACCAGGAUACAGUAGAAAUGUUCAAUCAAGAAUGUGGGGCCCAUCCGAACCUAAUAACAUUGUCUGAAGAGAGAGUCAUGGGAGGCAUCAAGGCUGAGGAAGGAGACUGGCCAUGGCAAGUGAGUCUACAGCUGAAUAACGUCCACUUCUGUGGAGGCAUCCUGAUCAGUAAGACAUGGAUCCUGACAGCAGCUCACUGCUUCCGAAGCCACUCUGAUCCUCAUCAAUGGACUGCCACAUUUGGUAUUUCCAUAGCAUUUCCUGCACAGAGAAAAAGGAUAAACACUAUUUUGAUCCAUAACAAUUAUAACUUUGUAACUCAUGAAAACGAUAUUGCCGUUGUGAAACUUGACGGAGCUGUCCCCUUUACCAAAAAUAUCCAUAGAGUGUGUCUCCCAGAGGCUACCCAGAAUGUUUCACCUGGUUCCACUGCUUAUGUAACAGGAUGGGGAUCUCAAUCAUUUGGUGGCAACACAGUGAGAGAACUACAGCAAGGACGGGUCUACAUAAUAAGUAAUAAUGUAUGUAACGCACCCACUAGUUAUAAUGGAGCCGUCUUGCCUGGAAUGCUGUGUGCUGGAGUGCCUCAAGGUGGAGUGGACGCCUGCCGGGGUGACUCUGGUGGCCCACUAGUACAGCAGGACUCUCGGCGGCUCUGGUUCCUCGUAGGGAUUGUAAGCUGGGGGCAAGAAUGUGGCCUGGCAGAUAAGCCAGGAGUGUACACACGAGUCACAGCCUACCGAGACUGGAUAACCCAACAAACUGGGAUCUAG